AAUGUUGAUUGUAGUACGAACUAAGAAAAUAUCACAACGAUUUGAAAAAUUUGUCUUCGCGGUUCGUUCACUUGUACCUGUUGUCAAUUUGUUGUCGUAAUUAUUGUUAUUCGAUAAGUAUUUAUAUUUAUUAUUUUUAAGAAUUGUAGUAAAAUAUUUUUUGUUUCGUAAAAAUGGCUGACGAAGAAUUUGAACACGACGAUGGUGGUGCAGAUGAUUUUGAUGAAGUUGAAGACGAUGCAGAUUUGGAUGAAUUAGAUCAACCUGAAGAGAAUGAAGAUAACAUUGAUAUAUUACCUAUUCAAGAAGCUCAAAGUCAAGUUCAAAAGUCUAAACGAAUUACUACUAAGUACAUGACAAAGUAUGAAAGAGCUCGGGUAUUAGGUACAAGAGCUUUGCAGAUAGCAAUGUGUGCCCCUGUCAUGGUAGAACUUGAAGGUGAAACUGACCCAUUACAAAUUGCAAUGAAAGAAUUGAAGAAACGUAAAAUACCUAUUAUAAUCAGAAGAUAUUUGCCAGACAAUAGCUACGAGGAUUGGGGAAUUGAUGAACUAAUAAUAGUUGAUCAGUAAAAUUUAUUUUAUAUUCUUUAAAAAUGUAAAAACUAAUUUAAUUAUACUAUACGAUCUCUUAAGUCCUUAUUUGAAUACAUUUUACAAUUUUAGCUUUCA